AUGGAACAAGUUGUAUCUGAAUUUGUACUUAAACAUAUAGUACUUAACAUUGGUGAUGAGAUUGACUCAUUAUGUCUUCGAUUGACAUGUAGAAAGUACUAUAAUCUAAUUCCCAAAUGGCUAGUGGUGUCCAACACAGUGCAGUCAUUGAACAACCAACCAUCAUCAUCAUCAUCAUCUUCAACAUCAUCAUUCAACAAUGUUCGAUUACCCUUCCACAUCAAGAAGCUCAACUUCAUUAAACUUCGCAAGGACAAGCUCAACAACAAUAACAACAACAACAACAACAACAACAACACAAACCAACAACACAUCAAAGUACUACUUCUAAGUGACAACUUUGACCAGCCACUGAAAGAUGUUAUACUGCCACAAUCAAUCACUACCCUGUCAUUUGGUCACUGUUACAACAAGCAACUCUGUGAGAAUGAACUCCCAAACUCAAUCACUCAACUCAACUUUGGUGAAUGCUUCCAAGCCCCAAUCAAAAGGGACACUCUACCAACCAACCUACGAUUCCUAACGUUUGGUCGCUUGUUCAACCAACAGCUCGUGGCAAAUGCCCUGCCAAGCUCAUUGACAUACCUGGCUUUUGGACAACUCUACAAUCGACCAAUAUGUGAAGACUACCUACCACCAUCAUUACUCACACUGUACUUUGGAAGCAACUUCAACAUGCCAUUGAACAGUGGUCAGCUACCCGAGUCACUCACUGAUCUUUCAUUUGGCCUUCAGUUCAGGAGUCAUGUGAUACUGCCUCCUAAUCUACUCCGACUGAGAUACAUCAGCUCAUUCUUUGAGGAGAACUUCACUGUGAAGUUCCCCAGUCAACUUCAAGAAUUGUACGGCGUGAGACAACAUUUGAAGCCGGGCCAACUUCCCUCAUCGUUGACAAAGUUGUCCCUUUACAGUUAUUACUCCUCUGAUAUAACUCUCAAUACCUUGCCCAACUCAAUCACUUGGCUCUCCCUUGGAAGGAACUUCAAUAGGGAACUGCUCCCUGGCGUGCUUCCAAACUCACUCAUUUCGCUUAUCUUUGGAGAAAGCUACACCAGUCAUAUUGCUCCCGGUGUUCUACCCCAAUCACUUACCUUGGUGGAUGGUGUCUACUUUAGUCAGCGUCUGGAGCAAGACUCUCUCCCGCGUUCACUUAUCGGAUUGAACUUCAACAUGUCAUUCAAUCAAACUCUACCCCCUGGUAUCCUGCCGAAUGGUCUUCAGCGUCUGACUCUUGAAGGAUUCAAACGGGCACUUGGUAACGAUACAUUGCCCUCGUCACUUCGUGAGUUGACCAUUUGCCAGAAUCUGGUGGUGCCUCUUUCAGCUGCAGCACUACCCAAACAACUUACAAAGCUGACCUACAACGGUACACUUGUAAUCGCACCUGGAGUAUUACCCAUGUCAUUAACCGAGCUAAUACUUGGAGACAACUUCAAUCAAACUUUGAUUGUAGGUGUGUUGCCGCCAUCACUCAUCAAACUGACGAUUGGCGUGGGAUACAAAAGAGAUCAAUCCAGUACAUGUCUACCUCCCAACCUCAAGUACCUCACAAUCGACAAUCUAUCCAGACAUGGCGUGUACUUGCUCACGCUGGCGUCACAGGGUGAGCUUGAGGUACGAGCACUCAACAAUGUCACGAGAGCAAGCAAAGGGAUGGACUGUCUAGACUACAAGAUCAAAACACAUUUGAUGAGUUUACACUUGGAGUUUGGCUCAAGAGACCAUAGCCUUAUCUUACAACACAUUGUAGCAGCCUUGACAAUGGUACUCAAUGUACGCACCUACCAUUUUGGAUUCACAAACAAUCAAUAUCAAACUGUCUAUUCUGUUCGACACCUGGAUGAUACACGCAUGUUGUCAUUGAUCUAUGAGCAAAGCUAUGUUACAGUUGGCGGAAGACAACGAGUCAGAACCACCUAUUGCAUUGGUGACGUCAACCAACUGAUGAAACGAAGAAAGGACAAGUUGAUCUUCCCUCACGAGCAGUCAAGUAGUUAUUUCUUCGACCCAUUAUCAUCACUGGAAUAA